AUGGUCGAGCCAAAGCCCCAUAUACUGGAAGAACGAGUAACUCCGGCAUCGCAGUGGACAGGCUCAACCAGGUACGAGCCAGCAGAGGGCGUGCACAAUAUUCUGAUCACUGGCGGGGCUGGGUUCAUAGCAUCAUGGCUGACACGACACUUGGCCAUCAACUAUGCAGACGUGUACAAUGUAGUAUGCUUUGAUAAGCUGGACUACUGUGCAUCGAUGAAGAACAUUGAAUGCCUGCUUCCCCUCAAAAAUUUCUCUUUCUAUUAUGGCGACAUUCUCAACACAUCGGAUGUGCUAGAAGCCAUGGAAAAGCACCAAAUCGACACUGUGUUCCAUUUCGCAGCACAGUCACAUGUCGACCUGAGUUUCGCUAACUCGCUACAUUUCACCAAAACCAACGUUGAGGGAACGCAUAUCCUGCUCGAGUGUGCUGUAAAAUCCCAAAUCCGACGGUUUAUUCACGUGUCGACUGAUGAGGUUAUGGGCGAGGUGUCCGAGAAUGACGCGGACUUGCUCGAGGAAAGCGUACUGUCGCCCACCAACCCGUACGCGGCUAGCAAAGCAGCAGCAGAGAUGUACAUCAACGCAUACGCCAAAAGCUUCAAGCUGCCGGCCAUUAUUGUGCGCAGCAACAAUGUCUAUGGGCCGUGUCAAUAUCCAGAGAAAGUGAUUCCUAAGUUUGUGAGCUUGCUGCUCAAGGAGCGAGGACUGGUGUUGCAUGGGGAAGGGCACAACUCACGGCGGUACCUAUACGCCAGUGAUGCGGCGGAUGCAUUCGACACAAUCUUACACCGCGGAAAGAUUGGGGAAAUCUACAAUGUCGAUUCGUGCGACGAGGUGUCCAAUGCUGAUCUCGCGGUACGGUUGCUCGACCUGUUCCAGGUGCCUAAGAGCAGCCAACACGCCUGGAUACGCACUACGCAUGAUCGGCCCUUCAACGACCGGCGAUAUGCGGUGGACGGGCAGAAGCUACGUAAACUGGGCUGGCAACAGCGUAUCACAUUUGAACAGGGGAUUCGUGAUACAAUUGCGUGGUAUAGUGUGCAUGGCGCCGAGUGGUGGGGCGACGUGAGCAGGGCACUGGAGCCAUUCCCGUUACUGCACGACUUGGAAGCGGUAUGUCACACAUGA